AUGAUUAAGAGUGAGUUUGGAAGUCACAGUUGCAUCUCUGCUGAGGGAGGAGCUAGUGGUGGCAAUGACCAACCGUCUGACAGAGGCACAAUGCCUGUUAAGAUGGUGAGAUCCAGGGCAGUCCAACAGGUUAUACCUUGUUAUGUAAGCCUGUUGCUUGCCUCGGUUGAUAAUGUGUUCAAGAUUAGACGAAUUGAGAUUUCCCAGGUUUCUGUCAUGGGGAUAAUCAGGAAGGUGGAGAGGGCUCCAAACUAAAUUCUCUGCAAAAUUGAUGAUAUGACCAAGCCAAUCCUGGUUUGGCAGUCACUUGGUAAAAAUAAAGUGAAGCAGGAGGCUACUGUGCUGCCAGUUGGAGUAUAUGGCAAAGUGUUUGAUGUCCUUCAGUUGUUCAUGGGAGCAAAAAGCCUUGUAGUAUUGAAAAUCCAUGUUUUGGAGGAUAUGAAUGAGUUAACCAUGCAUAUUCUGGAAACGGUCAAUGCAUAGAUGAUGCUGAAUAAAGCCUGCCAAGCGGCCACUGGGGAAAGCUGACGAAAUGAAGAUGGCUAUGAUGUCAGCUGCAUCUGGAAGGAGGUGCUCCACUUGAUUCACAUGUGUCCUCACCAGGAAGGGAAGAGCAUAUAGGAGCUGCAGACCCAGCUCUGUGGUCUGAGCGAGAAGGCCAUCAAGGAAGCCAUUGAUUAUCUGGCCACCGAGGGUCGCAUCUAUCCCACCGUUGACAGGGAGCGUUUUAAAUCUGUUGAUUAA